GGGGAAGGUAGCGGGCGUGUCAUGGAUGGGUCGUGGGCGGGUCGCGGUUGGGGCGACGACGACGACAUCAACAGUACAACAAGAAUCGGCACCGCGGAACAUCAAUUCAGUCACGCACCCAGGGACAGUGUACCGUUCGACCCCCGCCUUCUGAUGGUUAUGUGGUUAUUUCUUCUUCCAGCAGUGUUUGCUGGCUCUGAGGGCAGGGAAGCCUGUGCUUUGCGAGAAGCCGCUUACUCUCAGCGCCGCUGAUGCCGAGCUGAUAUUCGCGGAGGCGAUCCGUCAGAACCUCUUGCUGAUCGACGGGACGUUUUCCGCUUGCUUGCCUGCUACCACGUUCAUCCAGGAGCACCUUGACUCGAAGAACAAAACAAUGCAUGACCAUAAACUUUCGGAGGUCCUCGUGAAUGUCUUGAGUCUGCGCUGUGCCCCUCUAGCGGCGCCGGCGGCGUCGCUCCUGGCGCGCUCUCUGCGCGCCGGGCAGGGGAUUCCGGCGUCGAUCCAGGACAUCUGCGCGGAGGUCCAGAUGUUUGUGUGAGUGCAGUCGUUUUUUCUUCCACCUCCACCAUUGGCAAGAUCCAUCGCGUGGAGUUGCACAAAAAGAUACGACUGAAGAUCAUGGAGGGCAGCCCGAUCAUCAACGUGCGCGAGCUCGGAGGUGGGCUGUUUGAUGGCUGCGGGUCCUACACGGUGCACAUGCUGUGUGUAAUCUUCGGCGCCUCGGCCGUUGCUUCCCUGAGCUCGGAGGAUAUAGAGGUCGUGUCCACCCCGAGCCCGGACGGUGAGGUUGAUUGGGACACAACCGUGACUAUUCGGAUGUGUGGGGCCGUCGCGGUCCUGACACACCGCGCGGCGGACGAGGCGCGCAGGAGCGUCGUUGCAGGCGAGAGCGGCUCGCUCGAGUUUACACUGCCUCGGCUCGAGGACGUGGCCUUGAACGGGCAGCUGCACAAGUUUCCGUAUGGAACAGGCGCGCCCUUCAGUGACCUGCCCGCGCACGAGCCUGGAGCCCCCGUCGGAGUCCAUGCAGGCCUCGGCGUGCAGGCGCUCGUCGUGCGGGAUGCGCUAGUCUCUGGCUUUCGGGGCCCAGGAGCGCCCCACCUGACUUUGGACGUCAUGCGCGCAAUGGCCCACGCCAUGGAUCUGGUCCGCCGUCGCAUUCCGUCGCACUUGCAGUUCGUGUCAGAGGACCUUGAGCAAUAACGCGUUCUCGCACCGUGGAACAGAGA